AUGAAUUACUCGUUUAUUCUAUUUUUUAUUGUUAAUUAUUUGCUGAUUCUUUCAUAUUGUAAAAAUGAAAUUGCUGAUACGAUAAAGGAAUCAGUAUGUCCUUGUUCAAUGCAAUUAACGGAAUUAUUGAAUGAUAUGAAUAUAACAAAAUCAUAUGAGAAAUUAAUGGAAUUACAAUUAUUGAAACAUAGAACAAAAGAACAAGAAAAUGAAUUUUUAAAAUUAUUAAAUCAAGUAUUGCCGUCAAUAAUGAAAUUAUUAAAUGAAAAUGAUCGAAAAAAAAUGAUUAAAAAUACGAAAAAAUUGUUUAAUAAUAUGAAAAAUACGCAAUAUAAAUGUGCAAAUUUAGAAGAAGGAGAAAAACAGAAAUUAGAAUAUUCUACUUUAAUUUCAAUAUUGGAAAAAGCAAAUAGUAAAAAAAAUUUAUUACCAUUAAUUGGUGAGCAACUACAAUUAUUAUUAUCAUCGGCUGAUAAUGUAGAAAAUGUAAAAGAAAAAUUAAAUGCCUUGCUACUAUUAUUAGGGGAAUAUUUGACUACUAUUGAUUUGGAAAAAUGCUCGUUAUAUGACGAGGCAAAAGAAAACGAUGAUUCGUCAAAUUCAAAAAAAAGAAAUAAAGGAAAAAAUAAAAAACCCAAACAAACAACGAAGAAAGGAAUGAAUAAACCUUUACAGAAUAAUGAUCCUUUAGCAAAUUUUACGACAACUGAAAAACCGAUUUUAACAACAAAAAUAAUUGAAUCCACAACGGAAUCUGUCGAUAAAUAUGAUGAUGAUGAUGAUGAUGAAGAAAAUGAUGAUCCUCAUGCUGAGAAAGGAAAAAAUAAUCUUUUAAAGAAAGAUGAUCCUGCUGCAAAUGCAAGAAUUGUUCCUAUUGCAAAUGGAGGAAAUGGUCCUCAUUUAAAUGGAGGAAAUUAUCGUAAUGCAAAUGGUGGAAAUGUUCCCAUGGCAAAUAGAGUAAAUGAUCCCAUUGCAAAUGGAGGAAAUGGUUCUCAUUUAAAUGAGGGAAAUUAUCGUAAUGCAAAUGGAGUAAAUGAUUAUGACCAUAAUCCUUAUAAUGCAAUAGUGCCAUUGAAUAGCCCACCAGAGAAAGGAAUGAAUAAACCUUUACAGAAUGAUGAUCUUUUAGCAAAUUUUUCGACAACUGAAAAACUGAUUAUAACAACAAAAAUAAUUGAAUCCACAACGGAAUCUGUCGAUGAAUAUGAUGAUGAUGAUGAUGAUGGUGAAUAUGGAUAUGAUGAUAAAGAUGAAAAAAAUGAUUAUCCUUAUGCUAUAACAGAGAAUGGAAAAAAUAUUCUUUUAAAGAAUGAUGAUCAUGCUGCAAAUGCAGGAAUUGUUCCUAUUGCAAAUGGAGGAAAUGGUCCUCAUUUAAAUGGAGGAAAUUAUCGUAAUGCAAAUGGUGGAAAUGUUCCCAUGGCAAAUAGAGUAAAUGAUUCCAUUGCAAAUGGAGGAAAUGUUCCCAUGGCAAAUGGAGUAAAUGAUCGUAUUGCAAAUGGAGGAAAUGGUCCUCAUUUAAAUGGGGGAAAUUAUCGUAAUGCAAAUGGAGUAAAUGAUUAUGACCAUAAACCUUAUAAUGCAAUAGUGCCAUUGAAUAGCCCACCAGAGAAAGGAAUGAAUAAACCUUUACAGAAUGAUGAUCUUUUAGCAAAUUUUUCGACAACUGAAAAACUGAUUUUAACAACAAAAAUAAUUGAAUCCACAACGGAAUCUGACGAUGAAUUUGAUUAUGGUGAUGAUAAAGAAAAUCAUGAUCCUCAUGCUGAGAAUGGAAAAAAUAAUCUUUUAAAGAAAGAUGAUCCUGCUGCAAAUGCAGGAAUUGUUCCUAUUGCAAAUUUUUCGACAACAAUGACAACAAUAAUUGAAUCCACAACGGAAUCUGUCGAUGAAUAUGAUGAUGAUGAUGAUGAUGGUGAAUAUGGAUAUGAUGAUGAUGAUGAAGAAAAUCAUGAUCCUCAUGCUGAGAAUGGAAAAAAUAUUCUUUUACAGAAAGAUGAUCCUGCUGCAUAUGCAGGAAUUGUUCCUAUUGCAAAUGGAGGAAAUGGUCCUCAUUUAAAUGGAGGAAAUUAUCGUAAUGCAAAUGGAGUAAAUGAUUAUGACCAUAAACCUUAUAAUGCAAUAGUGCCAUUGAAUAGCCCACCAGAGAAAGGAAUGAAUAAACCUUUACAGAAUGAUGAUCUUUUAGCAAAUUUUUCGACAACUGAAAAACUGAUUUUAACAACAAAAAUAAUUGAAUCCACAACGGAAUCUGACGAUGAAUUUGAUUAUGGUGAUGAUAAAGAAAAUCAUGAUCCUCAUGCUGAGAAUGGAAAAAAUAAUCUUUUAAAGAAAGAUGAUCCUGCUGCAAAUGCAGGAAUUGUUCCUAUUGCAAAUUUUUCGACAACAAUGACAACAAUAAUUGAAUCCACAACGGAAUCUGUCGAUGAAUAUGAUGAUGAUGAUGAUGAUGGUGAAUAUGGAUAUGAUGAUAAAGAUGAAAAAAAUGAUUAUCCUUAUGCUAUAACAGAGAAUGGAAAAAAUAUUCUUUUAAAGAAUGAUGAUCAUGCUGCAAAUGCAGGAAUUGUUCCUAUUGCAAAUGGAGGAAAUGGUCCUCAUUUAAAUGGAGGAAAUUAUCGUAAUGCAAAUGGUGGAAAUGUUUCCAUGGCAAAUAGAGUAAAUGAUCCCAUUGCAAAUGGAGGAAAUGGUCCUGAUUUAAAUGGGGGAAAUUAUCGUAAUGCAAGUGGAGUAAAUGAUUAUGACCAUAAACCUUAUAAUGCAAUAGUGCCAUUGAAUAGCCCACCAGAGAAAGGAAUGAAUAAACCUUUACAGAAUGAUGAUCUUUUAGCAAAUUUUUCGACAACUGAAAAACUGAUUUUAACAACAAAAAUAAUUGAAUCCACAACGGAAUCUGACGAUGAAUAUGAUGAUGAAGAUGAAGAAAAUGAUUAUCCUUAUGCUAUAACAGAGAAGGGAAUAAAUAUUCAUUUACACAAUGAUGAUCCUUUACCAAAUUUUUCGAGAACAAUAAUUAAAACUACAACGGAAGCUGACGAUGAAUAUGAUGAUGAAGAUGAAGAAAAUGAUUAUCCUUAUGCUAUAACAGAGAAGGGAAUAAAUAUUCAUUUACACAAUGAUGAUCCUUUACCAAAUUUUUCGAGAACAAUAAUUAAAACUACAACGGAAGCUGAGGAUGAAUAUUAUGAUGAAGAUGAAGAUGAUGAUGAUGAUGAAGAAAAUGAUGAUCCUCAUGCUGAGAAUGGAAAAAAUAUUCUUUUACAGAAAGAUGAUCCUGCUGCAAAUGCAGGAAUUGUUCCUAUUGCAAAUGGAGGAAAUGGUCCUCAUUUAAAUGGAGAAAAUUAUCGUAAUGCAAAUGGUGGAAAUUAUCAUAAUGCAAAUGGUGGAAAUGUUCCCAUGGCAAAUGGAGUAAAUGAUCCUAUUGCAAAUGGAGGAAAUGGUCAUCAUUUAAAUGGAGGAAAUUAUCGUAAUGCAAGUGGAGUAAAUGAUCCUAUUGCAAAUGGAGGAAAUGGUCAUCAUUUAAAUGGAGGAAAUUAUCGUAAUGCAAAUGGCGGAAAUGCUCCUGUAGGAAAAGUUUCUGUAGGAUCUGAUAAUGCAAAGGAAAAGGAAAAAAAGUGUUAUUCUGUUAUCAUUGAGAAUGACUCUGAUGAAUCAUCAGCAUUAUCCUCUUCAUAUGAUGAUGAUGAUGAUGAUGAUGAUAGUGAUAAUGAUAGUUAUGAUGAUAGUGAUAAUGAUAGUAAUGAUGACAGUGAUAAUGAUAGUUAUACUGAUCAUGAUUCUGAUAAUAAGAAUGGAGACAUUUGUUCUGGUUACAAGUAUUACUAUUGGAUGUAA